AUGCCCUCGCGGCCAACCUCCCCUCGGAGGUCCACCGACAGCUCCGAAUCGCCGUCAUCGCUUUCCUCCAACCGCCUUCAGUACCCUUUCCCCCAGCAGGACUGGACCCGAAGACCAAGCUCCAGCCAAAGCGCGCGCUAUCAGUCGACGCGUCGCGGCUCGACCGCAAGCUCCAUACACUCAAUCGGGGGAGCCUUGGAUACAUCGUCGCAGAGACACAUUGGACCGGUGACCGAGACUGGCCAGAAUGGUGCCAUUUCAACACUGCUCCAGCCCCCAAUCGUCCGCACGGGGCUGCUGCCCUAUACUUCCGCGCCCUCCGCCGUCAAGACUCCUUCCACUCGAGACAUCCCCCCGGUCACCCUAACGAACGUUCCACACGUCGAACCAUCCGCUUUCAAGCCAUACCUUUCGCAGGUUGGGUCGCUGUACGACGCAUUUCAGCGCGCAAAGUCGGAUUCGGACAACGUCGCAGCACAGCUGUUCCGCCGCGACUCCAAGAGGGAUGAGUUCACCGAGAUACUAGAGCGUCGCUUGAAGGACCAGCAACCGGGAAGGCGCCCUUCAUCCCGGCAGGAGUCCAUCGUUUCGCUUUCGCCCAUAGAAUCACCGCGAAGGAGAUCGAGCGCAGGAGCUUCGAAGCGUCAUCCAACAGCCGUCACCCCGCUAUCAACAAUUCCGGACGUGUACUUCCAGGAAGACUUUCGCCUUGAGAACCCGCGCACAUUUGACGUGGUGAGCGAACGGUCGGAAGUGAUUCAACAGCCGCCGCAAGGCGCAGAAGGCUCGAAAGAUGCCAAUGGCUCCAUCGAGGCCCCGGCACCACCGAAAAGGAAAGCUCUCGCAACGAAUGCCAUCCUGCAGGAAAAACUAUCAUGGUACAUGGACACGGUUGAGAUCCACCUGAUUUCCUCGAUAUCAACGGCGUCGACGUCAUUCUUCGCCGCCUUAGGGUCACUGCGCGAGCUUCAGUCGCAAGCAGCAGAUUCUGUAGCGCGCAUUCAGUCACUGCGAGAAGAUUUGAACAGGCUUGAUCGGGACAUGGCCAUCGGCGGUUUGAAAAUAGUAGGGAUGAAGAGGCGCAGAGAGAAUCUCCGCAAACUCAGCGAAGCCGUGGAUCAACUUCGGGCAGUCGUCGAUGGAGUUGCUCAUUGUGAAGAUUUAAUAGAAGAUGGGAAACUGGAAGAUGCUUUGGACCGGCUGGACAUGCUCGAAAUGCUUGUCUCAGGAGAGCUGAUGCUUAUUGGCUCGGUUGACCAGGAGUGGCUUCCCCCCUAUCUUCCGCGCGAUCUCGUCGAUCUACGAGAGCUCAAGGCUUUGGAUGGGUUUUCUGACGGCAUGAUGCAACUCAGAGCCCGGAUCGGGAAGGGCUACGAGUCUAGAUUCCUCGAGGCCCUUAUGGGUGACCUACGCCGACACAUCAAAGGCGUACCCAGUCAAGACACGCUUCAACGCUGGGCAUCGGCAUCUCUCCGCACCAGGGGCGACAACAGACCGCCUACCUCUCUUCCUGCAUAUUAUAAAAUGGAGGAAGGGUUUCGUUCGAACAUGCUCGCCAUUCUAAACGGAUUGAGCAGGUCGAAUCAUACACCAGUAGCUUCUGCCGCUUACCGGGAUGCAGUCACCAGAGAGAUGAAAGUCCUCAUACGGCAACAUCUUCCCAGCUCAACGGAUGACGAUGCUGAAUCUACCAUCUCCUCGUCAACCCGCGCCAGCAGCAGGACCUCUCAACAGGAAAAGUCAUCGGUUCUCGCCCGGAACCUGCGCUCUCUCGACUGGGAGGAUGCCGAGCAACUGUUCGUUAAUAUCUAUACCAAUGUCGGCGAGGCUCUGCGUAGAUUGAGCACCCAAACAAAGGUUCUUUUGGAUGUCUCCAGUGGGACCGCGAUUUCUCCAGGAAUUAGAUCCCCUCCGAAGAGUCCCAACAUGGCAAAUAUGGACGGAUACCUCGGCAGGCCCAUUUCAGAUAUGCCAGCUCAGAACAGCCAUCUGCAGGAAGAGCUCAUGCAGUCCUUGGAUAUGUCUAGUCUUUUAGGGCAAUCCGUGGACGCGGCUCAAAAUCAAAUUACGAAGAUCCUCAAGGUCCGCGGAGACCAAUCUGUUCGACUGCCGCUGCAACGCUUCCUCCGGUACUUCCUCAUCAAUAGGCUAUUCGCUGAUGAGUGCGAGGCUGUGUCUGGACGAUCCGGGGCCGCGCUCAAGGGCGUCGUGGACAGCCAGAUCAAGCAAUUCGUCACGAUGAUGGGACAGACGGAGAAUCAAAAGCUCCGCCAAACCAUGGAUGCCGACAAGUGGGAAGCCAAAGACUUCGGCGAACACGAGACUGAGGUGUUGGCAAGGAUCCUAGAAGCCAUGCACAGCGACCCUGCAGAAUGGACAAAGAGCAAGAUGAUCUGGCAGAGUGUGCCUGCCACACCGCCGAACGAGAGCCAAGGUACCAACGGCGAAGCAAAUGGGACCACCAAAGCAAGGAAUGCGGUCAUCGACGAGGAGAAGUACGUGCUGGUCAACUGUGCCAUGUUUGCCCUGGAUGGGAUUGACCGAUUCGAAAAUCUCAUUGCGGUCAUACCCAGUAUCACAGCCGAGGUCGCAGUGACUUUGCUGGACUACUUGCGCACUUUCCAGUCGCGCACUUGCCAGCUUAUUCUCGGUGCCGGAGCAAAGGAGAGCGCUGGCUUGAAGAGCAUUACUACAAAGCAUCUUGCUCUCGCAUCACAAGCACUUAACUUCAUCAUCACCCUGAUUCCCUAUCUGCGCGAAUUCAUCCGCCGCCACUCAUCCAGCACAUCGCUCGCCGAACUAGACAAGAUGCGGCGACUGUAUCAGGAUCAGCAGACGAACAUCCACGAUAAGCUCAUCGAGAUCAUGACGCAGCGCCUGCAUAUCCAUGUGAAUGCAAUGAAGAAGAUAGACUUCGACGCAGCAGCAGAGCAGCAGGCCAGCCCGCACAUGGAGACACUGACCAAGGAGACGAACACGUUCCACCGCACACUGAGCAGGCAUUUGCCCGAGCCGUCAGUGCAGUCCAUCAUUACGCCUGUCUUUGCCGGCUAUAGGGAGCAGUGGGGGAAGGCUUUCCGUGAAGCGCUGGUGCGGACAGGCGCUGGCAAGGCAAGGCUGUUACGUGACGCAGAGCUCUUUGAGAGCAAGCUGAACAAGAUCGAUGGUUUUGGCGACAUCGGCACGCACAUGACCGACAUUGUAAAGCAGAAGGUGGUCGAGGCGGGUGCCACUACUCCGACCACUUCGAACUGGCCGAGUGCUGAGGCAGGCAAAUAA